UGUAAUCUUGGCUCACUACAACCUCUGCCUCCUAGGUUCAAGUGAUUCUCCUGCCUCAACCUCCCAAGUAGGAAUUAUAGGGAUGUGCCACCACACCCGGCUAAUUCUAUAUUUUUAGUAGAGACAGGGUUUCUCCAUAUUGGCCAGGCUGGUCUCAAACUCCCAACCUCAGGUAAUCCAUCUGCCUCGGUCUCCCAAAGUGCUGGGAUUACAGGCGUGAGCCACCAAGCCAGACCUUAAAAAACAAUUUCUGGAACAUUCUUCUACUUCUCAAGACCCUCUACUACGUGUUGAGGGCAUGUUUUGAGGAGAUUGGGGCAGAAAACAGGAGACUUCCACAGCCCAGAAUCUUCUCUGCUGUUUUCUUGGGUCCCACCCUCCCCAGGGGUUUUAAGCUUCUGAAGGAUGGAUCUUCCCCCUGAGGAAAUCACAGGCCCUGACUCUUAUUUUAGAAGGCAGAUGGCAAAGAUAAGGGGCACGGUGACACCUCUGUCACCUAAUGAACAGUCUGAAUUACACAUCUAAAAUUAACAGCUUCUCCUCCUGCCUCCCACCUACCCGCCUACCCAAUACUUAAACCCUCCCCUGUCAUUGUUUCUCUGAGCAAUCGAGUGGCAAGAAAUACUAUCUGGAUCUGCAAACCCUUGAAACUCAGGGCGUGGGACCCAGCAUUGCACUAGGGUUAAGAGUCAAGGUGCUGGGGUCAUCUCCUCACUUGUUAGCUUGGAGAAUGAGACUACCAUUUUCUUAGGUAAAUUGAAGGAAGUAAGGGUACUUGAUUCAAAGUGUUCUUGUGAGGCUUAACUAGAUAUGUGUGUAAUGUCUCAAUAAAUAGCAACUGUGGUUGCUAUGGGGGAUUUUUAAGUUUCUCAUGGGAUCCUCUUCUGCAUGCCCUCCGAGGGCUGUCACUUUUCCAGAAUUAUCCAACAAUGUUUGGUUAGUUUUGGGCGUCCAGAUUCUCCACUUUCCGUGAUUUGUUUAUGUGGCUUUGGAGUGAGGGAGAAGAAAGAAACCUUUGGUGUGGGAUCUGGGGAAGGAAAUGAGGAGACAGGGACAGUGCAAGCUCUAAUGAGGAGUCUGCCCCCUCCUGACCCCAAGAGCAGAUGAUGCUCAGUCCUCGUGAAGCAAGGGUGAGAACCAUAAACUGGAGGCUCUGUUCUCUCCAGGCGAUGCGGGAAACUUAGUAGUUCAGAGGCUCACACACCUCACACAUGGCACUACGCAUGCACUGAGCAUGGAAGGGAACCGAGUCUAUCUGGCUUUUCCAGGCCAGUAUCACAGAGAUGCCAAGGUAGUUCCCAUAGGGAAUUAUGGGUAGGCAGUAAAUAUUAACAGAGAACAUGAGGGGACUUGUUCCUGAGCUUCUUCCUCUAGAUAGGGGGAAAUUCCUAAGUAAUGGGGUGGGAGGGACUUGUAGUUACACAGGUAGGAGCAGGUAAGGUCAGGGACAUUCAGGUGACAUAGCUGAAGCCUGCUUCCAGCAGAGUGCUGGGCAUAUGGGAAGCACCCAGGAACCAGUCCUAAUUACCAGCUUUUUUUGGACACUUUGACCUUUCCCUGUGCCCAUAAGACUGGGCAGUCUCUGCUGUGAGUAUUGAAGGACAUGAGAACUCUCAGUUCUUCCUUCCAUGGAACUACAAAAUGUUCACUUUUGAGAGGAAAGAGUAACUUAUGACUAAGGCGCUAGGGGAUAGCCAUAAUCUUUGGCUGGCUUUGCUUGUCAAAAGAUCCCAUUCACCUCCCAGCUAUUUCGCCUUUGAGCUGUGAGGCCACAGGCUAAUUAUUUAGCUGCCUCAUCUGUAAAGUGGGGACAAAAUUGCCUGCCCUACCACAAGAUCAGAAACAUGAAAAUGUUUUGUAGGUUGUAAAGUUCUGUUAAGAGAGUUAGGGAAAGGGGGUUUGUUGCAGCUCAUAAUGAGGUCUCCUAGGGAUACCAGUAUUCAACUGAAAAGUGGCAACCACGAGAACUUAUUCUGAAAUAAUGAAGACUAAUAAGAGUUCAGCUGGCUGGGUGCAGUGGCUCACGUUAUAAUCCCAGCACUUUGGCAGGCCGAGGCAGUAGAUCGUGAGGUCAGGAGAUCGAGACCAUCCUGGCCAACAUGGUGAAACCCCAUCUUUACUAAAAGUACAAAAAUUAGCUGGGCAUGGUGGCAUAUACCUGUAUUCCCAGCUACUCAGGAGGCUGAGGGAGGAGCAUCACUUAAAACCAGGAAGCGGAGGUUGCAGUGAGCUGAGGUUGCGCCACUGCACUCCAGCCUGGUGACAGAGUAAGACUCCAUCUCAAAAAAAAAAAAAAAAGAUCAUGGAAACAGGUGAGGGGUGGGGUUAUUCCUGGGUAUUCACCACCUACUCUUGAGGCUGGUCCACAAGACAUGAGCCUAAUAAUCUCAUCAGAAGGUACCACUGCGACAAUCCUGAACAGAUGGUAUGUGCCGCUCCCUGCUCCACACCCCUGUGGUCAUUCCUCACUGUCUUCCAGGUUGUGAACUUCUAGAUGAAGGUCUGCACUCUCUUCUCAUUGUUGUUCAGCCCUGAGCACAGGACCUGGCACUCAGCAGACAUUCUGAUGGUGUUUACAGAAUGAUUCAGUGAGUGGGAGUGUGCAUUUUCUUUUUUUGGAUCAGGGUCCUUGUCUAUAUUCUGCAUAUACUUACUCUCAUUCUCACACCUCUUCUCUUUCUGAAAUGUCCUUACACUGAUCCCCAACUCUGGGGAGACCAGAAAUAUUUGGGUCUAAAACACAGGAAAAUCUGAGAAAGAAGGACAAGAAUUGCUAUCCUUUCUGAGUCAUGUGUGCCUUGGGGAAGGAUCCACUUUGGGGAAGGAAGAAGACUUGCGAAUUGAUCUCUGGGGGUUAAGAAGAGCUAGGGUUCGGGUGAAGUCAUGGUGAGCUUGGGAUUAUGAGAAGAAUCAAUCUUGUCUUAUGUUUCAUCUACUCCAUCAAACCAGAAUUGCCUGCCUUUUCAUGAGAGUCUAUCAAUAUUUAAUGUAUGGGUGUCAGUUGCUGUAAACUGACCAUACCCCAGCAACAACUUGAAUUAAUUAUAUGCAGGACGAGAGAAAAUAAAAUGCCUUUUUCUCAGAGGCCCAAGUUUCACUGGCUACACGGAAGACUGGAAACCACAGGGUGAACUUUCUGCUGAUGGAGGACCCUGAGAAGAAGCUGAAUCAGAAGAGUGAUGGCAAACCCCGGAAAGUACGAUUUAAAAUCUCCUCCUCCUACAGCGGUCGAGUACUGAAGCAAGUCUUUGAGGAUGGGCAGGAAUUAGAGUCACCAAAGGAGGAAUACCCUCACAGUUUUCUCCAAGAGUCCCUUGAACCAAUGGAUGGUGUUUAUGGGUCUGGGGAAGCCCCCAGGCCCCAGCUGUACUCCCCUAAGCUGACUGCUCAGAGGAUCAGUGUGUUUAGAGAGGGUAAUGCCUACACUUUGGCAGGCGGCCAGCCUCUGUUCAACGAUUACAAGGCGAAUGACCGAAAGCCCCUACCUAUCAUAGAUUUUGGAAAGAUAAUCAUCUACACUAAUAACCUGAAAAUCAUUCGAACCCCAAUGGACAAGAGAGACUUUGUGAGGAAAAUUCUCCAGAAGGAAGAGGAGGCUGAGGAAGAGUCUCUGAUGAGCAAAGAAGAAAGCUAUGGAGGCAGAGGACAGCAUGAGAGGCCUCUGGUGGAGGCGGAGAGUACAUUCCCCCAUAACCAGUAUGCACAGGAAGGGGAUCUUCCCGAGGACAGCUGUUUUCACUGCCGAGGAUCGGGCAGUGCCACCUGCUCUCUGUGCCACGGCAGCAAGUUCUCAAUGCUGGCCAACAGAUUUAAGGAGUCCUAUCGGGCCCUGAGGUGCCCUGCCUGCAAUGAGAAUGGCCUACAGCCUUGCCAUAUUUGCAAUCAAUAGCCUGUGGCUUUUGCAUGUCCACAGUUACCUUACCCUCCCUAAAGUUAUUUCUAAUAAACUAUCCUCUUCUCCUCCUCCUGCCUCUCCCAGCAAGGAGGCCACAGUGGCUGCAGUCACUCCCACUGCUGGCAAAACUCAAUUAUCUGAUGACAUUUUGUGAGGUUGGUAACAUCUCUGUGUGGGUCUAAGUGGCAGGGGCAUUUUCAAAUUAGAGUUUGCUUUGAAACUGGUUCUAAAAUUAUCCUUCCUGGAUGAUGUGAGUGUAUCUCACUUGACUUAGCUCAGUUUUCUCCUUGCUUCAGUGAAGAAAUAUAUGUACACUUCAAGCAGGUUGGGGGUUAUUUUGCAAAAUUAUGUGGUGAAAAAGGAAUAAAAAAGGCAGGUUUCUGAUGAACCGAAUUAUUGUCGCUUAUAAUGCAUCUCAAAUGAUUAUUGGUCAAAUUGAGUUUCUGAUUAAGCAGACGAGGAAGGGGACAGCCAAUGAUGAACCACCUAGCAGGCCACGGCAAGCAAAACAGGAUGCUCAUUCUGGAGACAGGCCAAGGAGCCUUCCCUUUCAAAGACCUAAACCUCUCCUGUGUGGUAUGCUUGGAUAUUUAUGCAGACAGUGAGCAAUACUAUUUAUUAAGUCAAGAUGAGAUAAGACAUUUUCACGUGCCUCUAACUACUGAGGUUAUAAGCCAAGUCACAACUAUUUACGAUAAAUUUGGUGCUCAAAUAUGUGUGUAUGACAUAACUUCUUCCAGCCCCUGAAUUACUACUAAUAAAUAAAUCCAUUUUAAGUCUAAAAUCUAGCCAUGAUCUCUUCAUAAAGAAUUGCAGAUAUUUUAUAUAUUACCUACUGGAAAUCUCUAAAAGAAAAAAUUAAACAAGGCUGAUUUUUAGCAGUAAUGUUUCUACUAUCCAUGAAUAUGCAUAGUAAGGUUGAUUCUUUCCUCUUGAGGUUGGUUGUAAAAUUAGAACAUACUUUUGUUAAUGAACUUUUGUAGCUUUAACACCCACUCCCAAGCCCCUUAAGAAUAACACUGCAAAAUUGAUCUCUUGAGGCCUGCUGCGUUCUGUGGUUAUAAUUUUGAUUUUACAACUUAAUAAUUUCUCAAGAUUUGUUUGUUAUUCUCUAAUAUUCAGCUUUUAACAUAAUUUAACAAUGGAAUGCUUCUCAGGCAAUAUAAAUACUUCUAAUAAAAAAGAUUAAAAUAUUUUAGAAGCCAUGAUAGUUUUGCCUGUCCUUUCAUACUUAGGACUUACCAUGUUGCUCACCAGCUUUCUUUGCUUCUGUGCUUAACUAUUAUACCUCCUGCCUCUGUUUAUGUUUUCUCACAGCUGUUGGCUCUUCUGCCUUUUCAGUAUAGAAGAAGGAGGGAUGUAGAGAGAACUUUAAGUGUAUUUUGCCGUUUUUUUUUUUUUUUUUUUUUGGAGACAGAG